CGGACCGAGCAUCCGCCCCCAACCAACCCGCCUCCGCUCGUGCUCGUGGCCGCGGGCAGCUCGCACUCCACCGCCCCAACUCCCCGACGCCGUCGAGAAGGAUCCCGCCGCCGACGGCCGCGCCCAGCACGGGCAAGAAGAAUUGAAGAAGAAACACAUGGCUCGACAAACGUCGCUCUCUCUCCGAUGAUUCCGAGGCCCCGAGCCUGAACAAGUGGGGAGCCAAUCUCACGUAAAGGGGAGGCGCUGCUCACUGAGUCGCUGAUCGCUUCUGCAACAACCGCGACGAGCGACCGUGACCGGGGAUCGAUGGAGGUACGCGCCCGCGCGCCCGGCAAGAUCAUCCUCGCGGGCGAGCACGCCGUCGUACACGGCUCCGCCGCCGUCGCCGCCGCCAUCGACCUCUACACCACCUCUUCCCUCCGCCUCCUCCCCGCAGGAGAGGAUGGCGGCGCAGGCGCGGUGGAGCUGGACCUCAGGGACUCGGGCCUCACCUUCUCUUGGCCGUGCUCGCGCGUCCGCACGGCGCUGGGGGAGGUGGGCGGCAAGGCGGGGGCGCCGACGCCGUGCUCCCCCGAUGAGCUGGCCGCCGUUGCCAAGCUCUUGGAGGGCCAAGAGAUCCCCGAGGCCAAGAUCUGGCUCUCGGCCGGCCUCUCCGCCUUCCUUUUCCUCUACACCUCCAUUUUGGGCUGCAGGCCUGGGAAGGCGGUGGUGACCUCGGACCUGCCCAUAGGUGCGGGGCUUGGCUCGUCCGCAGCGUUCUGCGUGUCCAUGUCCGGUGCUCUAUUGACCGCUGCUGGCGCAGUUGGCGUUGCAGGAGGCAGCGGUGAUGAGGAGUGGGAGUUGUUUGGGAAGGAUGAUCUUGAGCUCGUCAACCAGUGGGCGUUCCAAGGGGAGAAGAUCAUCCAUGGCAAGCCUUCUGGCAUCGACAAUUCUGUCAGCACUUUCGGAAGCAUGAUCAAAUUCAAGAAGGGGGAAUUGACAAACCUCAAGUCCAGGAACCCAGUCAAAAUGCUCAUUACCGAUACAAGAGUUGGUAGGAACACAAAGGCCCUGCUUGCUGGUGUAUCUGAAAGAGCAUCUAGGCAUCCAGAUGCUAUGGCCUCUGUCUUCAAUGCAGUGAACUCUAUCAGUGAAGAGCUUUCAAGCAUUGUUGAAUUAGCAGCCGAGGAUGAAAAAGCCAUCACCUCAAGGGAGGACAAGCUAGCAGAGCUUAUGGAGAUGAAUCAAGGUUUGCUUCAGUGCAUGGGGGUCAGCCAUUCUUCUAUAGAAACAGUGUUGCGAACCACUCUGAAAUAUAGCCUGGUCUCAAAGCUAACUGGAGCUGGUGGUGGAGGAUGUGUGUUGACUCUAAUACCGACGCUAUCGGCCCACACAGUUUUGGAGAAAGUCGCCACAGAGCUUGAAUCUCAUGGUUUUCGCUGCUUUAAAGUUGAGGUUGGUGGACGAGGUCUCCAAGUAUGCCGAGCAUAAUGCUCAUCCUGUUCCAAGGAGAUGUUGUACCAUACUUUAGAAAAUGGCUUACCCGCACAAAGUUUAGAAGAUUCACUACUUGUUCCAAGAUUAGGAUAUUCUUCUGCCUUCCCUAGGAGAUUCUUGUAUUCACUACUUGAAUUCCAAGAUGAGGAUAUUGUUUCGCUCUCUUAGCAUAUUCCUGUAUCGAAUAAGCACUCAGCUGCAUGAUUGCUGGUGUUAUUGUUGUAUCAAAUAAAUAUUUUAAUAUUUAAAAUGUUGUACCAUCCGCAUUGAGGUGUUGGUUGUGUCA